GGCCCUCUUUUGCACAUUAUCACAGGGUAUUACAAAAUACAAAUAUUUCCCUUAACAUGAAUUAAUAUAUAGGAGACAGAGGCUACAAUGUUGCGGUAUAGACAUGUGAUCCGGCUCCUGCAACGGAGAUCUUACUCCUCAGGAGCUGCAAACAGUGGAUCCCCUGGUGGCGACAAAUCCGGCGAAGAAGACUCGCACCCAAUACGACGAACCCUUCGUUUGCUUGGGAACGAUAUGCGCAAAGUUAAGGAGUUCUUUGUACCCAAAGAUCCGGAGCCUGAACAGGAACGCAUCCCCACCCAGAGCAAGUUUAAGUUUACCGGAGAGAGGGAAAGAGAUCCCACGCUGGCAGAUGAUUUUCAGACCCACUGCGAUGUGCUCAUUAUUGGCGGAGGUGCAGUAGGUAGCUCCAUUGCCUACUGGCUGAAGGAGAAGGCUCGCGACGGCCUUAAUGUGGUGGUGGUUGAAAAGGAUGAUACGUACGCUCAGUCCGCCACUCGUGUUUCCGUGGGCGGUCUUUGCCAACAAUUCUCCCUACCCGAAAACAUCCAGAUGUCGCUCUUUGCCGCCGAGUUCUUGCGAGGUGCUAAUCAGCACUUCGGGCAAGAUGUCCCGCUUCACUUUACACCCCAUGGUCACCUGAUGCUCGCUGGGGAAGAGCAUGCUGAGAGCCUAAUGCGCUCCUCCCAGCUACAAAACGAAUUUGGUGCCCGCAACGAACUGCUAACGGCGGAUCGAUUGGAGGCUCGUUUUCCCUGGCUAAAUACUAAAGGCAUUGUUUUAGGUUGCCUUGGGCUAGAGAAAGAGGGCUGGUUCAACCCCUUGGCCCUGCUUAGUAACCUUCGGCGCUCUGCUAGCGGUUAUGGCGGUCAUUUUGUCAGUGGACGAGUGGUGGAUUUUGAAUUCGUGCCCCAGACGGACAUAUCUGUUGUCGGGCAUGCCGGCUCCAACGAGGCUAACUACACGGGAUUGAAUAAGGCUGUCAUCCAGCUACCCGACGGAACAUUACGCACGUGCAAGUUUGCGCUUUGUGUAAUAGCUGCUGGCACAAAUUCCGGUCAGGUGGCAAGAUUGGCGAGGAUAGGUGUAGGUCCAGGAAUGUUGCGGAUUCCCCUGCCCAUCGACGCUCGUAAGAGGUACAUGUACGCCAUCAGCUCACAGGCCCAAAGUGCACCGGGAAUGACAAUGCCCAUGACCAUGGAUCCCUCUGGCAUUUUUAUCCGUAGAGAUGGUCUUGGUGGAAACUACAUUUGCGGACAGGAUUCGACGGAGGAAAGCCAUGGCCAAGAGGUGGACUCGCAAUACUUUGACCAGCACAUCAGACCCAAGCUGGCCGAGCGAGUUCCCUCUCUCGGGGAAGCUCAACUGGUGGACAGCUGGGCGGGCAGCUAUGAUCAGAAUGUUUACAAUGAAAAUGGCAUUAUUGGACCCCAUCCUUACUACCACAAUUUGUAUAUAGCCACCGGAUUUAGUGGGCAUGGAGUCCAGCAAUCCUUGGCCGUAGGACGUGCUGUUUCCGAGCUGAUCAUGGACGGCCAAUUUCGGACCAUUGACCUCUCGCGCCUGAGUUUCGACAGGCUUAUUGUGGACCAACCCAUGUACGAGUUAAAUAAUGUUUUAAGCUAAGAUUGUUGAUGGUGCAUUAUUGACUAAAUGCAACUACUUUAAUGUGUGAA